AUGAGAACGAGCGCCCUCAUGCCACCCUCCUACGUCCAAAGGGGUGAUCAAGCAUCAAUCAUCAGAAGCGCAAUAGAUUUCGUGAAGGAGCUGGAGCAGACCCAUCAAAUCCCAGUUGCGCUUCUCUUCUUCAGGGCAGCAACAUCAACACCGUCGGCGAAGACAUCUAAGGCCAGACAAGCAUCGUACGUCGAGCUCUCCCAUUCUGCCACUUUGCUCUGCUUCAAAUCAGGUCUUCGGAGGUCUGCCAUCAUUGUCAUUCUCAUCAUUCAGAGUCUCCUCAAGCUCUAG